AUGCAUUUACUUAAUUUCGAUAUUUAGUUCUAUCCAGAUAUAUAUAUAAAGCAUUUGUACUUAUGUUUAAAUUUAGACAGAAUUGUGUGCUUGAUUGUUGCAUUGGUUGGUGAAAUGAUUAAGAGUUACAGUGCAUCAACCUUAAAGGAAAUGGAAUACUUUUUUUAUUAUGAAAUACCAUUCAAUUUCAUUAUAACUGGACUUAUUGUCCAAUUUCAUCAAUGGUUCUCAUUUGCAAUUUUCAUAAAGCAUGCAUUCAAUCCUGACAAACUGACAGAUUUAAAACUGAAAAUCAAACUGUCUCUUUUGAUAUCAAUAAUAAUUUCUUUGUCUUGUUUGAUUCUGUAAUUCACUGCUGUGGUACUCGAAAACACAAUUGAAAAUGCUUAUGACUCUCCAUUUAAAUAGUAAUAAUCAUCUCAAAUAAAUGAUUUCAAUCAUUAUAGAAUUAUGGAUUGGGUUAUGAUAGUUCUCUACACAGUAGUCACUUUUUCAUUUGUUCCAAUGCUCUUAGGCCUGAUAUGCAAAAUAAAAAGAAAUUUCAAUCAAGUCUACAAAAAGAUCAAAUGGAAGUAUCUAUUGCUCUUAGGACUCUUUAUGGUGUUCCUCUUUUUUAGAAUCUAUUUGUAUUUGGAUUUGAAAGAACUUAAUGGAUCUUUAAUGAUAACAACCAUGUACACACCUAUUCCAUUUUACAUUUCUGAGAUACUAAUGAGUAUGUUUUUGAGCUACAUUUUAUUCAAUGUGAAUGAAAAUGAAAGUGGAACUGAGAAUAGAAACUCUGACUCACAAAACAUCAGUAAUAUUAUCCUGUACAGUGAAAAUGGAAAUAAUCAGCCCUUUUAAUAAAAUGGGUAGUUUUUAUUUAAGGCAGCAGACUAAGCAAAUGGAAAUAAAAUUCAUUUACAAUAUGAUGAAUUAUCAACAGGAUUACCUGAGGACAAAAGUAAAAGAGGCAACUCAGUAGAGAGCUACAUUCAAGAGAGAAAUGCCACCUAGAAUUACUUGCGUAAUACUGUUAAAAGUACAAUCGCACAAUAGCAUAAAUAUUCUGGGACAACGACUCUGAGAGCUUUAAAAGAUUCAGAAUUAUCGAUGGGAAGUUUUGACUAACCUUAAACUAUAGAGGAAGAUGAUGACGAGGCACUCUCUGAGUAAAGGCUUUCUUAGGAUAUGUAUCCUACAUAGUCUAUUGGAUCUCUUGAGGAUAGAAAUUUAAGAUACACUAUGACUAAUUUUAUGAAUCCCAAUCACACUGAGGCAAGUAAUGCUUACAGGGGAGAAAGUGCAGGAAAUAAUCCAUUCAAGACUCCUAUAUAUAGUCCUAAGAGCAUGCAUAAACAAUACCAAGAAGAGGACAUCUCUAUGAAGCAUAAUAGGAGUAUUUUAAGUAAACUAGGGAGUGUUUUUCGGAAGAAGACUAAGGCCUAAACUCUUUCAAAUGGAGGUGAUAAUUGCAGUCUUAACGCAGAUAUUUAACCUAUGCUUAGUACGAAUCAUAACCUUCAAACUCAAUCGAAAUGA